AUGAGAUCCGUGGACAGUUCACGAAUCCGGUCGACGACGGGAAAUAGCAGUGCCACUUGUAGGGUUAUUUGCAAUCUUGCAACGGGGCCAAGUCAUGGGUCAUGUGGCCAGAGCUUCCCAGUGCGCUCCCUCAACGUAGCGUCGGAAGCGCAAAGGAAACGACGUACUGUAGGGCGACACAAACCGAUUUUAGUGCUGGUGAGCUUCGGCUUGACGGUGUAG